AUGGCGAAGAGUGGUUAUAUGCCCUAUCCAGGUCGUAGGUCCUACAGUCCGUCAAUUCGUUGGUGUAGCUUCGACUGUCUCAAUGGCCGCCGUUGCUUCAGCAGCCGCAGUUACUCCAACGGCCACGAUUGCUUCAACGGCCACGAUUGCUUCAACGGCCACGAUUGCUUCAACGGCCGCAAUUUCUUCAACGGCCGCAAUUGCUUCAACGGCCGGAAUUGCUUCAACGGCCGCAAUUGCUUCAACGGCCGGAAUUGCUUCAACGGCCGCAAUUUCUUCAACGGCCGGAAUUGCUUCAACGGCCGGAAUUGCUUCAACGGCCACGAUUGCUUCAACAGCCGCAAUUGCUUCAACGGCCGCAAUUGCUUCAACGGCCGCAAUUGCUUCAACGGCCGCAAUUGCUUCAACAGCCGCAAUUGCUUCAACGGCCGCAAUUGCUUCAACGGCCGCAAUUGCUUCAACAGCCGCAAUUGCUUCAACGGCCGCAAUUGCUUCAACAGCCGCAAUUGCUUCAACGGCCGCAAUUGCUUCAACGGCCGCAAUUGCUUCAACGGCCGCAACUGCCCCAAAGGCCACAACUACCCCAAAGGCCACAACUGCCCCAAAGGCCACAACUGCCCCAAAGGCCACAACUGCCCCAAAGGCCACAACUGCCCCAACGGCCACAACUGCCCCAAAGGCCACAACUGCCCCAACGGCCACAACUGCCCCCAACGGCCACAACUGCCCCAACGGCCACAACUGCCCCAAAGGCCACAACUGCCCCAACGGCCACAACUGCCCCAAAGGCCACAACUGCCCCCAACGGCCACAACUGCCCCAACGGCCACAACUGCCCCAAAGGCCACAACUGCCCCAACGGCCACAACUGCCCCCAACGGCCACAACUGCCCCAACGGCCACAACUGCCCCCAACGGCCACAACUGCCCCAACGGCCACAACUGCCCCAAAGGCCACAACUGCCCCCAACGGCCACAACUGCCCCAACGGCCACAACUGCCCCAAAGGCCACAACUGCCCCAACGGCCACAACUGCCCCAAAGGCCACAACUGCCCCCAACGGCCACAACUGCCCCAACGGCCACAACUGCCCCAAAGGCCACAACUGCCCCAAAGGCCACAACUGCCCCAAAGGCCACAACUGCCCCAACGGCCACAACUGCCCCAAAGGCCACAACUGCCCCAAAGGCCACAACGGCCACAACUGCUGCAAAGGCCACAACUGCCCCCAACGGCCACAACUGCCCCCAACGGCCACAACUGCCCCAACGGUCACAACUGCCCCAAAGGCCACAACUGCCCCAAAGGCCACAACUGCCCCCAAAGGCCACAACUGCCCCAAAGGCCACAACUGCCCCAAAGGCCACAACUACCCCAAAGGCCACAACUGCCCCAAAGGCCACAACUGCCCCCAACGGCCGUGA